AUGUUCAAUCGAAUAAGAUCAACAGCAAUUUUUCGUGACGGUCAACGUCACUCGAGACCCGCUCGUCAUUUCUUUCGCAAAUUUAUGAACGAUUGGUCACUGGAUUUUGCUGGAAUGUUAGCUUACAACCUCAUGAUUGCACUUCUUCCCAUCGCUGUUGCUCUAUUUGGUAUCUUAGGGUUGGUUUUGAAAAAUUAUCCUGAUGCUCAACAGGAUGUUAAAAAUAAAAUAAUCAAUUCUUUUACCACAGAUAACACAACACGAGCUGGAAUUGAACAAGUUGUCGAUCUUGCUUUUAAUCAAUUAUCUAAUGAUGCUGGUUUGAUUUUAGCUAUUGGUAUUAUUUUUGCAUUAUUUGGAUCUUCCCGAUUAUUUGUCACUAUUGAUCAAUGUAUGACGAUUAUCUAUCGUUUACCUGAACGUGCAUUACUCCGACAGAAUCUCCUAGCUUUUGGAAUGUUAUUUCUUUUUAUCACGAUUAUUCCUAUUAUGUUGAUCAUUAGUUCAGCUCCGUCGGCUUUGCUAAAAAUUAUUCCAGGUGGAGGUGGUCGAUUUGGAACGUUUUUAGGUGGAAUGAUAUUUUCAUUACUAGCUGCAUUCAUUUUUUUUGAAGCUAUCUAUUGGCUUGUACCGAACAAGAAAAUGUCAUUUAAAAUUACUUGGUGCGGAGCAUUAGCUGCCGCUUGCGCACUGGAAAUAUUCAUUAUACUAUUUCCAUUAUAUGUAACACAAUUCAUGGACAACUAUGCUGGGCAAAUUGGUUUUGCAGUGAUUCUUCUUCUUUUCUUCUAUUACUUCGCAACAAUUCUUAUCUUAGGUGCCCAAGUCAAUGCUUACUUCUUCGAACAUUACCAACCGUUAUCGUCAGGCUUAGGAACAUACAUCAGCCAAAUGCACGACGAACAUGGUGUUGGUGAUCCACAUCGACCGCUCUGUGAAACUGAAAGCGAUAUUCAACAACAACCAUUUCCACCGACGACAUCGACGACUGAAAACCGAUCAGCACAAAGCAAUGUUUGGCUAAAUAAACUUUGGCCAUCAAGAGUUGCCGUGUCCACAGGAUCCGAAAGAGACAGAAAUGAUAAUGCAUGA